AUGACCCAACCGUAUCAUCUGACAGCAUCACAAGCGCAGGCUAAGUUCAAAGACGGCUCUUUGACUGUUGAAGAAUACGCGAAGUCCAUUUUGUCGCGAAUUCAGACGCGCGACUCUACCGUUAAUGCCUGGGCCUACCUUAACCCUGAUCUUGUACUCCGACGUGCACGCGAGCUCGACCAGACAGUGCCGCAGAAGCGAGGACCCCUCCAUGGAGUCGCAAUUGGAGUCAAGGAUGUAAUUUAUACUAAAGAUAUGCCGACUCAAUACAAUUCCAUCAUAUACGAGGGUGAUACGCCCAGGGUUGAUGCUGGUAGCAUAGCCAUUCUGCGGUCGAACGGAGCCUUGAUAUUCGGCAAAACAACAACCACCGAAUUCGCGGCGACGACAGUUGGCCCUUCUUACAAAGGACCAAAGACCACGAACCCACACGGCCCCAAGCGCACACCCGGUGGUUCUUCUUCAGGCUCAGGCGCAGCAGUCGGCGACCUACAGGUACCAAUUGGCCUGGGAACACAAACUGUGGGAAGUACAAUACGACCUGGUUCCUUUAAUGGAAUAUAUGCCAUGAAGCCAACCUGGAAUGCCAUAACGCGCGAGGGCCAGAAACUUUACUCUUUGAUCUUGGACACACUAGGCCUGUACGCACGCAGCAUUGACGACCUUAAACUCCUCCUCGACGCUUUUCAGGUAAUCGACGACAACCCCAUUCAACCCUUCAGCAUCGCUGGUUCCAAAUUUGCACUCCUUACCUUCCCCACACCCGCGUGGCCAGAAAUGGGUCCCGGCACCGUAGCCGCGCUCAAAAAGUCUGCAGAACUCUUACGCGCCCAUGGCGCAAAUGUCGAAGAGAUCCCCCUUCCCUUCAUGUUCCACAAAAUGUACACACACCACAUGCUCGUUCUCAGCGCCGACGGUCGCACAGCCUUUCUCCCAGAAUACACCACAUCAAAAUCCUCUCUAGAUCCUUUGUUGAUUUCCCACGUUGAAAAUCAUGCCGGUCACACGCGAAAAGCGCAGCUCGCUGCUUUGGAUGAGCUUGCUGCUAUGCGGCCGCGAUUUGACGCCCUGGCAGAUCAAUAUGCGGCGAUACUGGCGCCGAGUGUGGUAGAUGAGGCGCCUGUUGGGUUGGAAACGACAGGCGAGGCGGCGAUUUGUGCGCCCUGGACUGCAAUGCACAUGCCUGUUGUCAAUGUCCCGGGUUUCAAAGGGGAAAGUGGGAUGCCCGUGGGUGUAAGUCUAGUGACUUCAAGAUUCAGGGAUCAAUAUCUUCUGAGUGUUGCGAAGGAGGUUGGAAGGGUGUUCGAGGCGGAGGGGGGUUGGAGGAGAGAGUUGCCUGGGUGA